UCCCUGUGCUGUCGCUUUCGAUUGUAGCGUAAUUAGCAGCUGUACGUGUUGCACUUCGAGCUGACAGACAUUAGCGCUGAGUGAGGGACUGACAGUGAUCCAGCGGCGCACUGAAAAGCUGCUGCAGUCACUGCAGAUCAAACCAUGAGUGUCAGCUCAACGCGGAGCAGCGGGGAAGACCUCGACGAGCUGGAGUCAGUCAGCUGGUAUCAUUAUGAUUUGUCCCGACAUGCAGCCGAAGCUCUUCUCCUUUCGAAUGGGGUGGAUGGGAAUUUUUUACUCAGAAACAGCAACAAAGGACCUGACUGGUUUGCUUUAUCUGUCCGAGCAAAGGAUUCAGUGAAACACUUUCAUGUCCGGCGGCAGUUUGGCAAAUAUUCCUUUGGCUUCAAUGAAUUUCCUUCCCUUCAGGAUUUUUGCAGUCACUUUGCCAAUCAGCCGCUGCUAGGCAGCGAGACAGGAAGCCUGAUAGUGCUACGGUUCCCAUACCCACGGCAGGUGGAAGAACCAUCCAUUUAUGAGACGGUGUGUGUGCAUACGGCCAUGCAGACAGGCCGGCAUGAAAACGACCUGGUGCCUAAUGCUCCAGCAUUGUUAAUAUAA